CGCGAAUCGAUCCGCGCGCGCGUCGAUGCGAGUCGACGCGAAUGGACGGUGAGAGCGCCGCGACGACGUGCGGGGCGUGCGAGAAAGCGCGCGCGAGGUACGCGUGUCCGAAGUGCGGCGCGAGGCUGUGCGCGCUGGCGUGCUACGAGCGACACAACGAUGGGAAGUGUCAAAGUCGAUUUCACGAGGACGCGCUCGCGAGCGCGAUGCGAGGGAUGACGGCGACGGCGGAGACGAAGCGGGAGAUGAUGGAGACUUUGCGGCGACGCGCGGUGGCGGACGGGACGCUGGAUCUCGGGAUCGAGGAGGAGGAGGAGGAGGAGGAGGGCGACGACGACGACGACGGCGGCGAGCGGUGCGUGCUGAGCGAGGCGAGCUUGGAGGUACUGCGCGCGGGGGGAGAGUUGGAUUUAGAAGCGUUGAAUGAGGAAGAACGGGCGAGUUUUGAGCGGGCGGUCGCGAGCGGGGAGCUCGUGGAGGCGUGGGUGCCGUGGUGGGAAUCGCCCGAGGCUGGACGAACGCGCGCGAGCGCGAGGGGCGAGCGCGCGGUGGCGGAGCUCGAUCUGUGUGAACCGACGACGAGCGAGGGCGCGAACGACAAAGAUAAAGGCAUACCACCGCUCGCGAGCGCGGAUGAAGCUUUGGAUCCGUUUGAGAGGUUGAGCGGGGGUAAAGAAGCCCCCGAAGCGCUUCGCUGGCACUGCGUCAACGCGCUCUCGGCGUACGUCCUCGUCAAGCGAUCUUUCAACGGAGAUUGGAGCGAUGAAGAGGAAAUCGCGUGCGACGCGAUGUUAGAACUAUCCGCUGUGCUCAGCGCCGAGCGCGGUGCGAUCGCGGAGGCCCAGUGCGCGCGAGACGCCGCGCUCGACGUCGUCCGCCGCGCGCCGCGCGCGCUCCCCUCCCCCCCCUCCCCUCGCGCUCUCCAGCGCGCGCUCACCGCCGACCUCCGCGCCCUGUUCGCCGCCCCAACCAUCCCCAUUCGAGCCCUGCUCGACCUCUCUCGCGCUCUCGACGUCGCCGCGCGCGCGUCGGCGUCCGACCGCGCGCGACGCCGCCGCGCCGCGCUCAAGUCCCGCUACCUCUGCGCCUACCUCUGCGCCGACGCCCUCGGCGUCGUCACCGCCGACGUCGCGCGCGCCGUGAAAGAAAUCAUCGACGACGACCUCGACGUCGACCCCGACGUCGACCUCGACGUCGUCCGCGUCCGCGACGGCGUCGCGUCGCCCCGCGCGCGCGGGUAGCGCUCCACGCACCACGUG